AUGGCCGAUCCAUCUCUCCUCCACAACGACGCGACCGCACGCGACGCUGAUACGUUGACAGCUUCUAAUGGCACAGGUUCGUUGCAUGCACACUGUUGCACCUCGUUCUUAUGUAUUGACGAGGCUUUAGGCCCCGCCUUUGCAUCUGCAGAUAGCUCGAGAUUUGCACAAACGAGCUUACCACUACGACAGGCACCUAGGCGUGGUGCGCCGCCUCAGAUUCAUGAUGUGACGGAGAAGUUCACGAGGGCUUGUCAGGGUAAGUCCCUCGAUGUUGGUCAGCUCGUUAAAGAUGAGUACUUCACACUCUUCGAAUCUAUCGGAGCUAUUGAGAUCAUGGACCCCAAGAUGGACAGUGGUUUCCUCCAACCGGGCGAAACUCUGGAAGACGACUUUGAUCCGCUUGCCCCCCUCUUACCGCAGGAACUGAUUGGCAUCAUGGACCAGCUUCUGAGCUACGAAAUGGCCUGGCAUACAGGCUAUCCACUCUCCCAGACGCUGUUCACUUCGGUCUAUAUUGACAGGCUACUUUGGCCAGAACCCAAGACAAUUCCCCAGGCGCAAUUUUAUCGCGGCGACAUCUCGGAUGACAAGCGGCCGGGCACGUUGCUGGACGUGCUGAGAGCGUAUUGUUUAGCUCUUAUCAAGGGGUGUGACUAUGUGAUAGCAAAGAUUAUGGCGAGGGACUACUUUGAAGAAGAGGACUUUGCCACGCACACGUAUAACCGCGUAUUAUUCGUGCAGGUACCAAUAGACGUAUUCUUGCGCGAGUUGGAUGCAAGCGUAGAGAUGGUUGAGGACCGCGACCUUGAAAUUGAUGGCGGCAUUCGAUCAGCUAUCAUAGCCAGACUUCAAUUCAGGAAGUCCUUCUUAUGCGCUCUGGAUCCUGAGUGCCCACUGGAGAUCUUGUCCAACUUUUGGCCGCCCGUCCUUCCAUACAUCGAUCAGGUCAACGAUACGCAUACGUUGGGCAAGACAGUGCCCGGGUCUUUUAGCACCAAGAUACAGCGGCGACUCGCAUCAACCGUACCACCUCGGCCAAUAGUACAGGUCGAGUUCAACGACGCUUUGCAGACGCUGAAGCAACUAUGUGCCGAUUGUGAGGAAGCAACUCGCUUCAAAGACUUGCCAACAGACCCACUGGAAUACCAAUCCUUCUUAUGGACGUUCGCUUCUCGCCAGCCAGCACCUCUCACAUACUCCCGGUCAUACCUCUCGAAUAUCCUCUUCGAUCCCUAUAUUCUGAACGCACCUGUAUCGUUGCCUCUCGAAGAUAUCAAGUCGUUCGUCUUCCACGAGUCUCCCGUCUUGGAUCCUUCUAACUGGGCGCUAUCCCCACCCCGCAAUCCACUUAUACCCAAACCACCUCGGUUACAGUUCGCCCUCUUGAUCGAUGAGUAUGUGGAGCGAGUUGGACAACCCUAUCUUGACUUAUGGGUAGCCCUGGGCCAGAACAGGUGCCGCCUGCGCCGAAUGCUCACACACGUGAUUUCAGCUUGGGACAUAUUACAACAAGAUGCGGUGUUUGUCGACACUGAUCUUAUCGCCUGCGCCUUCCAGCUCAAUAUUUCGGAGGAAGUCAUGGACGGUCCGCUCCAGACGUGGGUAUACAUCAAGAAGCUAUGGAUGAUUGAAAGGGUUAUUAUCCUGGGCUUUGAACAGGAUAUAUACCUGCCCGACGAGCAUUCUGGGAUGUACUACUUCCUGUCGCUCAUGGCGACCAAGCGGAAAGGCGCAUUGCAGCGCUGUGUAGAGCACAACAACGACCGCACUGUGCAAUUUCUCAAGGGUUCGCGCUUCGAAGACGCUCAGAACACGAGUGACAAACUAUCCUUCAUCGACUCCGAACUCCAGCAGGCCACAGGCAUCAGCGCAUUCGCAAAAGCUCUUUACGGCAUCUACACAAUUGCGAGCUACCUCCGCCUUCUGCCCUCUCCCAAUCGGCCGUUCUCCACCGAAAAGCUGCGCUACGAGCUCCGUAUGAAAUCCUUCCUUUCACUCCAACCUCCCGAGGUUCCGCCCUUCGAAGAGUUCCAAGCCGCACUUCAGCCAUACGGAACUAUCUCCGACCCUUUGCCGUCGCUCUACGAUGAUCUGAAGCAAGCCGAUUCCAAAGUUUGGAGCGAGAUUGAUGCUUCGCUGAAGGCUGCUAAGGACGCCUUCGCGAAAGUCAAGAGAUAUGGUGCUAAAGAGUCCAAGGCGGGUGGCGUGGAGCAAGCGUGGAACAAGGAGACACAGGGCAUGCUGGCGAGUUGCAUCGCGUUGGGCGUCGCCAUCGCGGGGCUCAAGAACGCGGUGAAAGACAUUGAGCCUAGUAGCGGGGUUCAAGUCAAGGUCGAGAUCCCGCCGGCUGGGGCAGACAAAAGGUAUGUUGAGGGGUGGAUCGUACCGAAGAUUGUAAAGGAGUAGGUGGCUGCUGCAGGUGGGUUUUAAGGGAAAAUAGUAUGCCCGUCCCUGGAAACACGAUAGCAUGUGCACGUAAUCUUGAUCGUGGAGCGCAAGCCUCCACUGAAGCU